AUGGGGUCGGGCGAUCGCGCGGACGCCGACGGCGCGGCGGACGCCGAGGCGGACGCGGAGGCGCUGAGCGGGGCGAUGCUCUUGCUCGAUGCGUCGGAUACGAUGGCGCGCGUGACGCGUAGACGACGGGAGGGUGGGGCGAGCGCGAGCGCGCGGGUGAAGACGACGAGAGGGCGCGAGACGAUGGGGCGCCGCGACGGGGCGCCGAGCGAACGCGCGUUGCGCGUGUUGAGGGGGUUAAAGAACGCCGAUCACAGGCGGUUGAUCUAUCGCUGGACGAACGCGUUGAUUCGUGCGGUGGGGUUGAAGGUGCCGAUGGGCGCCGGAGGGUUGAUCUCGCAAGAGUUGAAGAAUAAACGGGAAAAGUUUGACAAGUUUUUGUUGCACUACUACGGCGAGGAGACGUUUGGGCUGGGGAGUUUUUGGUUCUCGAAUUCAAACGUCCUGGCGUUCUUCAGUGAGAUAUUUUACGUCGCCACGGAGGGACGGGUGCGGUGCGCCGAGAGCGACAUAGCGGAAAUAUUUUACAAGACGGAUCCAGACAGAAAGGCGAGCACGUGGGUGACAUCGUCCGAGGCGCUCGAGCGAUUCGGGAUCUCGCGCGCGGAAGUGUACGCAAUUUAUUGCGGUAAUGCGCGAGUUGAGAACGGCUGGGCGAAGGGUCGACCCUUGUGCGUGCCGACGCCCCUGAUACAGAGCGCGGUGCCGGCGAACGAUGUAAAGCUCAGCGAGGCGCCAACCGUCGUCUCCAGACUGGCGACGGGUUCGUUGAAAAGACCGAGAAGCCCGCGCGAUAUUUCCGUCGUCGGCAUCGACGAGCGUCUCACGUCGCUCGGAUGGAAGCACUCGACGUCUUUGAGCGCAUACAAAGGGCUCUCGCUGCUGGAGCAAAAGGCUGUGAAACUGUGUCAUCCCUUGGAACCUUGUGACGAUACCUCGCCGUUGGGAGUUAUGGUCUUCAUCGCAGAUGAAAUCCUAGAGCGCGGACGAAGGUAUGCGGGUCCACGGACGAGACCGUGCGAGAGAAACCAAGUGAACAAGUUCUUCGGCAACAUCAUGGGCCUGGAGGUAUUCAGUACAGAGGACGUUGGCACAGCCAUCAGAAUCAAGGAUAGCGCGGUUCUUCUUAGAGAUCCUUUCCUGAGGUUCACAAAGGCGCACGCCAAGCUGAAAGAGAUGAAAGCCUUAGUGAAGAAGAUACGAUUGAAGCGAGACGUGGCCGCGUGCACGCUUGCUGGUUUGAUGAAGUCAAAGCUGAUGCAAGAUCACAAAUGCGAGCUCAAUCUCACCAGUGAGCACCAGCAGACGUGCGUCAACGAGCUCGAGGCGACUCUGACGGAGAAUACGGCAAUGUUGGAUGCAGCUUCGAAGGAAUUCGAGGCUUCAGAGUCUGGGGUUAAAGAUGGAUAUCUUCAAGUCGUCCGGAGUGCUUAUGAGUUCGCCUCGGAGAUUCAGGAUAAAAUUCGGGCGCACCUCUGUGUAACUCUCGAGCAAGUCUCCGCGGCGACUGCGGCGGCGCAGAUCGAGGGUGAAAUAAAGGCGAGAGAGCAAGACGACAUCGAAAGCUUAGAGUCGAAAGAUAAAGCUCACAGCUUGGUCGAAAGGAGAGCCAUGCUCCUAGAUAUGAUGGCGCAAUUGGAAGAGUGCUCUUCGUGCGUGUCGUUUUCGCUGAGCACCUUGGAGCAGCGCUGGAACCGGUUUAAGAUUUUCGCUUGA